CAGGACGAGACAGGGGCUCCAGCCCCACAGGUUCUUUUUCCAGUGCGGUGUCUGAGCGGCGGGGGGGACAGGUUGAGCUGAGCCAUGGGCAAUGAGGAGGAGGUGCUGGUCAGCCUGUCCGGGGGGGCCCCCUGGGGCUUCCGGCUACAGGGGGGUGCGGAACAGAAGAGACCCCUGCAGGUGUCCAAGAUCCGGAGGCGGAGCCAAGCCGGCAGAUCUGGGCUACGAGAACAGGACCAGUUGCUCUCCAUCAAUGGGACGACCUGUGCUGACCUCUCCCAUGCCAGUGCUAUGAGUCUCAUCGAUGCCUCUGGCACCAGCUUGCUCCUCAUGGUUAAAAGGUUUGGGGGCGUGGAUCCUGUGCGCUCACCGUCCCCAGGGGAGCUGCGUGUGCUAUCUCCCCAGUCUCCCCUGAGCCCCGAGCCCCCCGGGGCCCCAGCCGACCGGCAACCGCAGCCGAGCAGCCUGCAGUCCCCGCCGAGCAGCGAGGCCUACUACGGGGAGACGGACAGCGACGCCGACGGGCCUCGGACGCAAGAGAAGACCCGCCGGUCUCGUCGCCGUGGUGACCCCCGGCCCGCCCCGCUGGACGAGAUCUCCUCGUGGGACAGCCCUGCGGAGCCCACCCCAACCACCCCUACCUCCCCCACACCAGGGGAAGGCCGGGGGAGCUCCCCGGGCUGGGACAGGGCAGGAUCCGUGCAGCCCCUUCCGUCCGAGGCCUCGCUGCUGCCCCAGGGCUCCCCUCGUCCUGGAGCCCUUCUCAUCCCCAUGGUGGGGCCGGUGCCCUACCCUCUGGACGAAGAACUGACCACCAGCUACGCUCAGAAGGCCAAAGAAGCUAAGCUGCAGCGUGCAGAGAGCGUUCAGGAGAAGAACGUGAAGGAGGCCAAGACCAAGUGCCGAACCAUCGCUUCGCUGCUGACCGACGCACCCAACCCCCACUCCAAGGGGGUGCUUAUGUUUAAAAAGCGGCGACAGCGGGCCAAGAAGUACACCCUGGUCAGCUUCGGGGCCGGGGCCGGGGUCGGAGCCGGGGCCGGACCGGGAGCUGCAGAAGAGGAGGAGGAGGACGGCAUCCCGCCCACCAGUGAGUCCGAGCUAGACGAGGAAGCCUUCUCGGACGCCCGCAGCAUGACCAACCAGUCAGACUGGGACAGCGCUUAUCUGGACAUGGCGCCUCCCCGCCCGGAGUCAGCAGGGGGGCAGAGCGGGGGCAGGGUCCUGAGCGAGGCCUCGGGCCGGGGGGCACAACUGUUUGAGCAGCAGAGGCAGCGGGUCAGCUGGGGCUCCCGGGAGCAGCUCUCCACCCACGCCCAGCCCGAGAACGUCCCUCCGGGCCCUCCGGCUCUGUUGAACGGGCAGAGCCCUCCACCUCCACGUGCUCAGAGCACCCCCCCUGGAGCGACUCUGCUGCCCCCGGGCCCUUCGCCCGCCCUGGGUCCGGUCCCCGGGCCCAGCCCCCUGCCUCCGGGAGGCGUGGCCUCCGCUUCGACCUCUGGCCUCUUCAACCGAUCCGCCAGGCCUUUCUCCCUCGGAGACCCGGGCCAGCGUCCGGUCACCUCCUCCGUCAUCUUCCGGCCCCUAGGCCCCAAGAAAAUCGUCGAGAGCCCCAGCCCGGCCCCACCCCCGUUCUUGACUCCUUCCCCCCCGAGACCCAGCUCUGCUCCAACCCCUUUCUCGCCCACCUCAACUGGAGGCCCUAAUCCGGCCCCAACCUCACUCGCAACCCCUUCUCCCGGAGGGACCGGCCCCUCUGCACCGUUCACCUCUGUGGGGGCCGCACGUCCUACUCCCGGCCCUGUACUGGCCACCACCUCGCUCUACAUCCCUGCCCCCGGGCGGCCCCUCACCCCGCUGGGGGCCGGGCAGGCUCCCGAGCCCAGGUCAUCACCCAGCACAGCCUCCACGGCCAUGACCUCCACAGCCUCCAUCUUCCUGUCUGCACCCUCCCGGCCUGGAGGCCCCCCCCAACUUCCCGCGGUCACGCCGACCCCCCAACGGGCCCCUGACUCUAUCCCGACCCCCACCCUCCAGCGCUCAGGGGUCCCCGAGGCCCCGAGCCCCCGGGAGCAGCGUAUUGCCAUCCCAGCGGCUCGCACCGGGAUCCUGCAGGAAGCCCGGAGGCGGGGGGCCAGAAAGCAGAUGUUCCGCUCCGGCGGCGAGGAGAAGAAGAACUCGCCGAACCCGGAGUUGCUGUCGCUGGUGCAGAACCUGGAUGAGAAGCCCCGGGCGGAUCCGGCCGGGGCCGGGAGCAGGGCCGGGAACGGACCCGGGGCCGGGAGCAGGGCUGGGAGCGGGGCUGGGGGUGCCGAGUCCGGCCCCGAGGAAGACUUCCUGAGUCUGGGUGCCGAGGCGUGCAACUUCAUGCAGUCCCCGGGGGGAUGUGGGCUCAAGACCCCACCUCCCGUGGCCCCCAAGCCCUCUCCCCAACGCCCCCCAGACCGCCUGGUAAACGGUGCCGUGGCCCCGGCCACCGCUUCUGAAGGGCCCCGACUCCAGGGGAGGGGCGGGGACCUGUUUGCCAGGCGUCAGAGCCGGAUGGACAGGUACGUGGUGGAGGCCGCACCCGGUCCCGGGGCCCGGCCCCGGAGUCCCUCCCCAACCCCCUCUCUGCCCUCUUCCUGGAAAUAUUCACCCAACAUCCGAGCCCCGCCCCCGAUCGCCUACAACCCCCUCCACUCGCCCUUCUUCCCCCUGGCCGCCCGCCCCCGGCCCAGCAAGGCUGAGACCAAGGGGCCCAAAGCAGCUACCGCCAAGCCGGGGAUCAAGGCCAUCGAUUUCAUGCGGCACCAGCCCUACCAGCUUAAGGCUGCCAUGUUCUGCUUCGACGAGGCUCCUCUAUCCAGUCCUCCCCCUGGUCCCGGGGAGGCCCCCGCCUCCCAGGGGCCACCCAAGACAACCCGGGCCUGUGAGAUCCGCCGCUUCUCCACCCCGGCCCCCCAGCCCACCGCCGAGCCUCUGGUCCCUACUGUCCUGGCACCCCGGGCUGCCACCACACUGGAUGAGCCCGUGUGGAGGGCCGAGAUGCUCCCGGAAAAUCUCAGGAGCCCCUCGGCUCUCGGCCCAUCUUCUCCCCCCGAGUUCCCUCGGCCCCCCGACCUGGGCCGUGGAACCUCCCCAAGCCCCUCGACCUCUGGAUUCCAGGUGGCCCGGCCCCGGUUCUCGGCUGCCAGAACAGGGUUGCAUGCCAACGUGUGGAGACCUGGGGCUGGGCAUCAGUGAGCCGGGCACAGCCCCUCAGGGCUCCUGGAACCAGCUUUGCCACCCGAGCACCCCCCAGACUCAAGAAACUGAAUUGCUACUUUGUUCCCUCCCUCCCUCUCUCUUCCCACCCUCUCUGCCUUUCCUCCUCUCUCUAGCGGUCUCCCUCUCAGUUUUAAUUACAGUGAGCUGUUUGAGCCUAACUGUAAACCCAGAAGGAGCUCCUGAGAUAGUUCGCUUUGGGAAAGCGGAGUUGGGAAGAGAGGUUCACAGGCAGACCGCAGACCAACUACUGCGUUGUCCUUGAAAGGGUCUCUGCCCCUUUUUUGAGUCACUUCCUACUCGCUCUGUGUCCACCGAGACACGUCUGCCUGCCACACGGUCUCAGGCUCAUUUUCUGAUGCGAUGACACUCUCAGAUUGUCUGGUGACUUCUCCAUCUAAUCUUCUCUUUGUUCCAGUGACCUCCCUCCAACCGGCUCCCUCGUUCACCAUAUUCUGGUCUUGUCCAUAGCUCGGGGUAGCCGGAUGAGAGCUGAGAGAGAGAGGGAAAAGGAGAGGGCUUCAGAGGGAAUCCAUUUUAGAGGGAAAGGAAGUUUGUAGAUGUUGGAGUGAGGCUCAGAGGGCUAGAAGUUACUUGAGGCACUGAAUGCGUACUCUGCAGGGGUUGAGCGUUCUGUGCUCCCCAGGACAAGGGAAUAGGGAGGGAGAGCUCCUCGGGAGAGCAAAAAGAGGGGAGAGUGGGUAUCUCUGAUCUGGAAAGGUUUCAUAAGGGGAUGAUACUUGGGAGAGUAGGAAGUGGGAAAAGGGAAAGUAAAUUCUUAUACAGCAGUGACCCAGUUCCCAGUCACUGCGGGACUGAGCCAGUGUAUUUAUUGAAGCUAAUAGUUUUGAGAAUGAUUAUAAGGUAUCACCCAAACCUCUCCUUAGGGGAAACCCUGAGCCCAGGAGGCAAGAGAAGCCAGAGGGAAGAACAUAAGCCGAGCUCGGGUUGGGAAGGAGAGGAUGAAGAGGGGGAUAUAUGGGUGUCGGCAAAGCCUAGAUUGGCUUUGGCAGUGAGAGGGGAAUUGGCAGAAACUGUGGAGAGUGAGAAGGGUAUUAAUGGAGCCUGGUGUGUGGGGAAGGGGGACGUGUAUUGGUUGAGCCUCACUGGCUUUAGGGAAGAGAGGGAUUGUCAGCAGGAUCUAUGGGAGGGGAGCCAAAUGAUGACAGAAUGGAGGAUGGCCGCGGAUGCCUAGGGGUGUCGGCCCAGCUUGGCGGGCGAUGGAGAAGGCAGCUUUCAGAGUCUGUACAUUCUGUGGAUGUAUCUAAACUUGCCCCAUCUAUCCUUCUCAAGUGUAGAAAGUCUGCUGGCGUCCAUUUCCAGGCAGCCACAGGCAGCACGGGCAGAGAGCACCAAAAGCAGUGUUCCCCCAUGUCUCCUUAUCUCUAGACAGCACUGGGAGCGAGGAGACCCAGGCUUUUCUGGCAUAGUUCCCAACAGUUAGGCAGAUGGAGCAGCAGAAAUGGAGUUCUCCGGUCAAGCUCACUAGGUCUGUGCAUAACAAAUCCUAGCCCCUUUGUGCAGGGCGGGGCGCCAGAAGGGAGCAGGGACAGAAAAUCAAACCAAACCCUUCUCCCCUAGCAAGUCUCGCUCAGAUUUCCCUCCAGUCCACAGCCCCCUGGCUUCUGCCUCAGCAGAAUAACUGUCACAGGAGCCUCCCAGCCCCAUCUACAGAACUGAGUUUGCGGCUUGACGUAUGGAAAUCAUGUUCGUUUCUUUGGUUUAAAGACACCUCGUUGUGGUAAAUGCACAAGAAUAAACUUGUGUCCUGCACCUUC